AUGCAAAAAUUUCUGGAUUGGUGCCUGGACAUGGGAAUAUGUUUUGAUGGUCUAGAAAUCCGAUCCUGCGAGACCUCUGGUAACGGCGUGUUCGCUACGAAAUUUUUCCGUACAAAUGAGAAACUUAUCGAAUUACCAAGAGAAUUGGUAAUUACCGCUGGAAAAAUCGCCGACUUUGAAAUGUAUUCGGAACUUCUCUACGAAAAAAAGUUUUUUCCAACACCGUUCGAACUUCUCACAUUAUUUUUUUGUAUGGAGGAUUGUGAAUCCUCAUUUUACGCUCCUUAUAUCAACGUACUUCCCAAGAGCUUUACAACACCGUCUUAUAUGAAUAAGUAUAUUGAUCCCGUUAAUUUACCACUAUCGGCUCGACAGUACUGGUGCAUUCAACAGAAAGAUCUUCAAGAGAUAUGGAAAAGACUCGUGCCAGAAAUAUCACACAAAAAGUUCCUAUGGGCUUGGAAUGUUGUGAACACCCGGUGUAUCUAUGUGGAGAAUAAGCCGCACGUAAAAGUGGACAAUUCUGCUGGAGAUACUUUGGCGGUGGUUCCGUUUGUAGAUAUGCUUAAUCACGAUCCUUGUGCCAAGGGUUUAGCCGGGUUCGAUAGCUAUUCGAACAAAUACAUAGUACGGUCAACACAUUGUGUUCUGGAAGAUGAGGAAGUUACUGUGUGUUAUGGAGCACACGAUAACGCGAGACUAUGGAUGGAGUACGGAUUUACGCUACCAAACAAUCCCAAUGGAAGAGUUACCAUCGAAACUGCUUUGUUUAUCGCAUUGGCUAAAAGCGUUGGUGUGACCGUGUCUUCGCAACACGAGGAAGUUCUCCACACUGCCGGUCUCCCAUGCAGCCUGUACCUAUCAGACGAAGGGCCCAGCUGGGCCUUAAGAACAAACUCUGAUCGUUUACUAGCGACCUCGUGUUCUUCCAGAAUACGAUGGCGUGAAUUAAUAUACGGCUCCUCAGCAUUGCAUACGACUGCUGAUCGCGAUUCAGAGGUUGAUUUUAAAGAAACGAGUGAACGUCAACUACUAGAAAAGAUAAUUAUUGAACUGAAGCAGGCCGUUACAGCGCCUGAAGAUACCAAAUGGAUCUGGCAGGAGCAGCUUGCGACCAUUGAUGCCACUCUGUCGUUUGAAGUCUUAACGGAGAACUAUGAUAACGUAACUUGA